AUGUCCUUCGUCGAUGACCUCACCGACUUCAACUCGACCACCCGCCACUCCGACAUCAUUGACAUUACGAGAACUUCAGCCGAACGACUAUGCCGUACAGCAUUCACCUACGGGCUCAAGCCACACCCAGACAAGACCAAGGUCAUCCUCUCCUUUAACGGGACGGGAUCCAACGUCGCACGCAGUAGGCUUGCACAGCAGAACAUUACAUCAAUCCAGCUGAGCAUCAUGUCGAUCUCGGUCCAGAUCACAGACCAGCACCGACUCUUAGGCACCAUCCUCACCAGCGGCAGCAUGGGCCCCGAGGUGCAGAAUCGCAUGCGACGAACCGACGCUUCGGCACGAGCUCUUGAGAGGCAAAUCCUACGACGUCGACGCCUACCCCGCAAAACAAAGAUCAAGUACGUGCACGCCCUCUCGACUGCCUCAUUAACCUUCAACCACCACGUCUGGCCAGCACUGACCCAGACUGACCACCAGCGCAUCUCCAAUGCCUACUCGAAGCCCUAUCGCACGGCAGCUGGAAUACCCAAAGCUAACUCGCAGCUUCAUCAUUUCACGGCCACCGAAGUAGUAGCCUACACUGGCAUCCCCGACUUCGACCACCACCAGUCUGCUGGAAGGCUGCGAUACUUACCACGGCUUCUACGAUACGCUCCUCAGCAGCUCCUCCAACUGCUUGACAACCAGCGACGGAGAAAGGGCUCAUGGACAUACAUGCUUUUCCAGGACUUCGACUUCCUGCGCACAUACCUGGACGACCAGCGCUGGCCCACGACCAGCAAGCUCGACUCCGACGUUUUUGCAUGGGCACGCGCCACGCCGAAGCACUUCAGCAACUCCGUCAACCUGGCUGUCACAAACUACAUACGCGCAUCCAAAGACCGCGCCCACGCCGACAAGCUGACCAAGGUGCUCAGACCCGACGGUCCCAUUGGUGCGGACCCCACGCCAUCACGCGACAACGGCGCCAGCAACUUCAUCUGCUACGAGUGUGGAAUCGUUACCAAGACCAAGCAGGGCAUGGCAAUACAUAUCGGACGUGAACACCGACGACCUGAGCAUCCGCGAAACUGGGCAUCGGGUACAUCGUGCAGAAUAUGCCGCAAGAACUUCCACUCCUUCGCCAAGCUCGUGAAGCAUCUAACUACGGUCGCCCGCUGCCGACGGUCUUGGCACCUGUGGUAUUUACAAGGGCCUGCCCUCACGGAAGAGGACGUGGCCACCAAUCAGGCGACCUACGCAGCCAGCAUAGCCGACAACAAACGCAGAGGUCCGUCAGUGAUGUGGAAUACUGAGAUGAUGCUCUACGCUACGGAGAACCUUGCUACGAGACGACCGACCAUCAUAGACGACGCCAGCAGCCUCUACGCCAUCUACUUCGGCCUCUCCCAGGACCACGGUAAUCCCCUCGACGACUUCGUCACCUCCAUUUUGGGCAGUCUGCCCCAGCUUG